GUCAAAACUAGUUUUCACCUGCCAGUGUUUAAGGCCAAAAAUCUUUGAUUUUACGAACGUUCGUCAACAUAAAUUGUUGUACUAAAUUCAAAGAAACUAAAUCCGCUUCCAAGACGCGAUUACAGUGAUUGCACACUACACCCAAUAUUAGGCGAUUAAAUUAUUUGUACGCUCCAACGAUUAAAAAACUCAAUACCCAAUGGAUGCCGCCGAGGGUCAAAGCUUGGUGAUCAAAAUGGCGCAAAAGAACAAGGAGACCCAGACUGUGAAGCUGGUGCCCGGAGGCGGUCUGGUCAACAACUGGUUUGCCCCGGCUACGUAUGGGCCAGCAGGGAUUCCAUUUGGGGCUAGUCCCAUGAUCCCACCGCCGCCCGUUCCGAAUCACAGCGUAUCGUGCCAGUUUUACAUGGACCGGGAGGAGCAGCUGUACCGCCGCGCCUGCCAGAUGAAGGGCAUCCGGGUGGAGCGGGUCUCUGAGAUCCGCGAGGAGGAGGACGACUCGAACGGCUCCGAGGAGGAGCCUUCGAAGGGCAUCCGCUACCGCUACACCCUGGACGAGAUGAAAAGCUUCAACCCAUACCGUUUUAUCAACUUUUAAAUGUUCCCAAAACGUCCCAAAUAGCCGUCAUAGACGUCAUAGCCGUCACACUUUCACUUUUACCCACAUCGCACCGUCAGCACCUCAAUAUUCAAGUUGAUUUAAGAUCCAUAACUAGGUCUAGCUUCGCCACCCUACCCACAUAAGAUGUCAGCUUAUAGGUUUAUCUUGCAUGCCUAAAAAUCGCAAGGAGCAUCACACGAAGAACAGGAACCCAGGACACUGCCCAUUUGCUUGUUGUUGCCGUAUUUCCAUGUAGACUCAAGAUCCAAGACUAGCACUAACUUCGCCACUACUUCCACAAUUUCACAUUAGAUGCAAGAUUAUAUGGACAUCGUGCAUGCCUCCAAAGCGUAUUGGGAAUCACAAAUGAAACAGGAACCCCGGACACGGCUCAUUUGCUUGUUGUUACCGUAUCACUCGCCCGAUGAAAACAAUAAAGAAUUGUUCAUAAAUGACAUCCUGGGAUGUCAACAAAAAGUAAGGUUUAGUUGUGCUUUCAGGUAAGGGAACUUAAGUUAUCCGAAAAGUUGCUUUUCAAUAAGAUUCGUUUCUCGAAUUGAUUGUGCAUGUUAACAGCUUUAAGUGGCAACCGAAAAGUAUUUGGAUAAUUUGGCUUAUCUCUUAUUCAUUGCCAGCAAACGGAAUUAAUCGUACAUUUGUUAAAGCAAAGCCGUAAACGAGCGUAAAGUAUCCGGGUCGAAGGCCUCAUAUUGCUUAUUAAGUGGCUGCCGGGAUGCCAGUUAGGUAACCAUUUUGAGGCCCGCGGCAGACGAGUGUGCAAAUAAUUGAACCCACCACCAGCACCGCAUCCAAAGAACCCAAGGAGGCUCCCGAUGGGAUUUAUGGUACCUGUGCGACCCAGCCCAGUCAACACCUGUGUUACCCUGGGCGAAGCCACCAUUGGAGCUCGUGAUACCCCUCUAAAAAUGUCAGGGUUUUUAUUCGAACACCCUACACUCGGAUAAAUGUGGUAGUGUGUUUAACUAUUUCUUUUAAAUUGAAGGCUAAAUAUAUCAAUAUACAUUAGGUUCUACUCGAUUGAUACAUUCAUUAGCUAAGCUUGUACAUUAACUUUGAAUACUAAUGCUCAUCCAACACCUGAUUGUG